AUUUAUGAGGCCUGGCCCACAAACGGUUAUUCUUGGAAGAACCGGACUCCAAAUCAUUUUUCAAAUCAAUUUUAUCUUUUGGCUCGUAAAUAUUGGUUUUUUUUUUUUUUUAUGUGUUUGGGCUCUUAAUUUACUUUUCAUUUUCUUCUUCAUACGCUACGGUACCAGAGCCUACUGUUUUGCCCUCCAAAAGUUGAGCAGGGUUUCUGGAUUUGAGUGCCCAAGAUGAGCACUGUAGACUUCAUAGAUUUAUGUAGUGAUGAUGAGAUUGUGGAGUCAGGUGGGAAGGAUUGUAAAAGGGGACCAGAUUUUGAUCUUGGAACACAUGAAACUGAAACCAAGAAGGUUCGUCGGAAAUACAAAAAGCAGUCAGAGCGAAAAAUAUUUGAGGAGAUUAGAAGUUCAAAUUCUUUGAGCACAAGUGAAAGUGACUCCAGUGUUUUAGAUCGAGCGUGUGCCCCAGCUGAUGAAUCGAGCCCUUUAUCUUUACCCUCUCGGUGUCUGCCUCCAAUUUGUCGCCAGUUCUGGAAAGCUGGGAACUAUGAGAUAGAACAGGGUUUUAAAGCUCCAAUACAAAAUGGGAAGAAUCGUUUAAGCGUUCACCCUAUGUUCCUCCACUCAAAUGCCACAUCACAUAAAUGGGCCUUUGGAGCUAUAGCAGAGUUGCUUGACAAUGCAGUUGAUGAGAUACCAAAUGGGGCUACUUUUGUUGUUAUAGACGAGAUUACCAACCCACGGGAUGGGAGUCCAGCUUUGCUUAUUCAAGAUGAUGGUGGUGGAAUGGAUCCAGAAGCGCUAAGGCGUUGUAUGAGCUUUGGAUUUUCAGACAAGAACUUGAUAUCCACCAUCGGACAGUAUGGAAAUGGGUUCAAGACAAGUUCUAUGAGACUUGGAGCAGAUGUUAUCGUCUUUACAUGUCACUCAAAGAAGAGGAUGCUAAGUCAAAGUAUCGGACUCCUCUCUUAUACCUUUUUGAGACAAACAGGCCAUGGCAAAAUAGUUGUACCAAUGGUGGAUUAUGAGUUCAAUGCAUCAACUAGAAAGUUCAAGCCCAUGCUUCCUCAUGGUAAAGAGAAUUUUUCAUCUAACCUGUCGAUUCUGUUGCAGUGGUCUCCAUAUUUAACAGAAGAAACACUGCUAAAGCAAUUUGAUGAUAUAGGGCAGCAUGGAACAAAAAUUGUUAUUUACAAUCUUUGGUUAAAUGAUGAUGGGGAUUUAGAACUGGAUUUUAAUGUUGAUGCCGAGGAUAUUCAUAUCAGUGUAGGCCCAAAAGUAAUUCAGAAAGGUCACCAUCCAAAACCAGUUUUUGACCAUCACAUAGCUAAUCUUUACCGCUAUUCUCUCCGCGUAUAUAUAUCCAUUCUGUAUCUACGGCUACCUGAAAGCUUCAAAAUAAUUUUGCGUGGACGAGUUGUCGAGCAUCAUAAUAUUGCCAAUGAUCUCAAGUUUUUUGAUUUCAUAUUAUAUAAGCCUCGAGUUGGUGGGAGUAUGGAGGCAGCAGUUGUCACCACUAUAGGAUUUUUAAAGGAUGCUCCACAUGUUGAUAUCCAUGGGUUCAAUAUCUACCAUAAGAACCGUCUAAUAUUGCCCUUUUGGCAUGUGGUCAAUAAAACCAACCGUCAUGGAAGAGGAGUUGUUGGUGUUCUGGAAGCAAAUUUUAUUGAGCCUAUUCACAGUAAGCAAGAUUUUGAGAAGACACCCCUUUUUCAAAAGCUUGAAACUCGUUUAAGGGAAAUGACAAUGGAAUACUGGGAAUGCUAUUGUGAAUUUAUCGGUUAUCAGCGUAAGAAGAAAUCUUCUCCAGUGUCGGUGCCUUCCCAGCAUGGACUAAAUAUGAAGAGGAAGGAACAAGCUUCUGCAAUGGAACUUGAACAUGCAAAAAGGCCAUCAGGAUCAGGGUCCUAUGCAGCUGAUACCCUGCACAUUGGAGUCGAAAAGCUUGCCAGUAGUAAUGAGCUUCAGUUGAAUGAUAAAGAAACUAUCCUAAUGCAAGCAAAUGAGAAACUCCAUUUACGGUUAAUGGGAUCGGAGCAAAGGGAGAAAGAACUUAAGCUAAAGGUGGAACAACUUAGAAGUGAACUUGCAGAUAAAAAGCUCGAGUAUUCGAGAAUGUUGGCUGAAUUAGAAUCGAUUGACACAAUGAAGAUGGAGAAAAAUGAUAGGAACUGUAAAUUACAUUCAUUUUUGGGACACACUUCCACUUUUAUAACGGGCUAGUUUCUCCAAUUUUCUCCCUCUUAACCUAACUAUAUAGGGUUUAAGAUUCUUAUGCAUGGAAAACCGAAAAUAGAACCAUUUUUACAUUCCAUUAUUUGGCUAACACUCGAACCACAAGCAAGUAUUAGGACUUGUACAUGAAAAACCUACAAUUAGCAUCCAAUAAAGAUUGUAUUACAUUACAUUCAUUGGGACUCUGAUACCAAUUUGAAUCAUUGCACCGUCUUACUUGGUUUCUGGGAAA